AGGACGAAGGCAGAGCAGACAUAGCCGCCGCUGAGCUUCGCCUUUCCCAAAUCGAAAUUGAGAACGAGGAUCUCCCAACUCGGAAGCAAUGGCCGCCGGUCAUGCCAAGCAGUGGACAAGCAUAGCACGAGGCCGCCGAUGCCGGUGAAUCCCCUCGAACGUGCUCCACAGGCACUCACCAUCUCAACUUCUCAAGUCCACAGAUCUGCGAGUUGGAACUCAGGAUGCCGCCGUCGAGAUCUAGAAAGCGCACUUCGGCGCCGCCGGCCACGACUGCGCGCGCAAGGAGGUGCCGCCGGCCUGCGGCGGUGCCAUUGGACGAUGUCGCUGGCGCAGUGGCGCCCCCGUUUUCUUCCCCCCUCUGGGCGUCGCUCUCAGAGGAUUUGGUUUGCGAGAUAGCCUGGAGAGUGCUCUCGGGCGAUAUUCUGGACUACGUGCGCUUUCGCGCCGUUUGCACCAGCUGGCGGUCUGGCACCGUCUGCCCGCGGGGCCGCGGCGUCGCCGAUCCGCGCUUCUACCCGCGCCGCUGGAUGAUGCUGCCGGAGGGCCAUGGCCUCUACCCCGGCCACAGCAGGCUGCGCGGCUACGUCCGCUUCUUCAACCUUGACACGGGAACCUUUGUCCGUGUCAAGCUCCCGCUGUUCAACAGCCACUGCGCUCUUGACUCGGUCGACGGCCUCCUCCUCCUCCUGAGGGACGAGGACACCGGCAUCCGCCUCGUCCACCCGUUCACCGGCGACAUCGCCGAGCUCCCACCACUCGCCACCCUGCUCGCGCAGCUAAAGAACGACCCAUCGGUCCCUCAUGGUUCUGAUCCUUACUGGCGGUGGUCCUUAAUCAGAUACUGCGUCUGUGCUACCGUGUCCUGCAGUGCCGGAGCCAUCACCGUGAUGCUCGUGUUCCGUCAUCUGCGACGUGUUAGCCUUUGCUACCUCCGAGGACCAAGCAACCAAACGUAUCAACUAGUAUUACAGAUCGAUUACACAUGGAUUGCAGUGAACUGAACCAAGUUUCAGCCGAGCCAAGGUAGAGUUGCUGAACGAGUCAUAUCACGACACAAUCUCAGACAGCAUUACAGAGACCAGACAACCACAGCAUAUAUCAACCAGAGACUGAUCAACAAGACGCAAAGCAGAGACAACCACAGCAUAUAUAAACCAAUAACACUGUGUCUUUGCAUUGUGUAGGCUGCCAUUCUAAUGUAUGUAUCGUUCUCUGUUCUCUUUCAUCUUCCAUUGGAUUAUCAUUGGGAAGGUCAAAAGAAACAAAGUGUUAUUGGUUUUCUUUGGGUAUAAGUUGCUAAAUGAGUGUUCAUCUUCCAUUGGAUUAUCAUGGGAAGGUCAAAGAAAUAAAGUGUUAUUGGUUUUCUUUGGGUAUAAGUUGCUAAAUGAGUUAAACCAGAAGUGUUUUUUGGGUUAGUCCUGCAUGAGUUAUGUGGUGCUAAUUUUGCUGGGUUCAGUUGGGUAGUCGAACUUGGAAAUUAAUAUUUGUAAGCCAAGUUAUACAUGUAGAUUGGGUUUGUAUGGAAUUUUUAGGUUCUCGCCUACUGGUGAGCCGCA